AUGUACGAGCAGCUGCCAGUGCCUUUCGGUCUCGUCAGGUUCGGAGUCGCUCCAGACCAUCCAGAAGUCAAAAACUGUCAAGAUACUUUCCAGGAUGUCGCUGCUUCCCCAAACUACACCUUCAUUGGAAACGUCCACCUUGGGCUGGAACUACCUCUUCCUCUCCUGGCCAAACAUUACGAUGCGAUCGUCUUUGCAUAUGGCGCUUCCAAAGAUCGCAAGCUGGGUCUGACCGGUGAAGACAAGCCACACAUAUAUUCUGCAAGAGCAUUCGUGGGUUGGUACAAUGGACUCCCGGAAUAUCGAGACUUGAAUCCGGACCUGAAAGCCGGCGAGACCGCGAUUGUGGUUGGUCAAGGUAAUGUGGCCCUGGACGUGGCAAGGACACUGCUGAGUAAGGUGGACGAUCUCCGGAAGACCGAUAUCACCGAAUAUGCACUGGAAGCACUCUCCCAGAGCAAGAUCAAACAUGUUCAUGUCGUUGGUCGACGAGGACCUAUGCAAGCAGCAUUUACAAUUAAGGAAGUUCGGGAACUCCUUCAGCUGGACGACGUCAAUUUCACUCCGAUCCCAAAUGAAUACUUUCCGCAAGACCUGAAGGCGUUGCCGAGGCCAAGACGCCGACUGCUCGAGCUCCUUCAAAAAGGGAGUCCGUUGAAAGAUAAGGCGACCAAAUCAUGGUCUCUAGACUUUCUCCUCGCCCCGAAGAGCAUCCAGUGGUCUACGGAGGACCCUAACAAACUCGAAGGCGUCACAUUUUCCAAGACGAAACUAGAAGACCCCGCCUCAUCCCACUCUAAAGUGUCUUCUAGAGAAGAAACAGUCGCUCUUGCCACGUCAACCCUGUUUCGCUCAAUCGGCUAUAAGGCAGAAGCAAUUCCAGGUAUGGACGAGCUAGGUGCAAACUUCGACGAGCGAAAGGGCACUAUCCAACACGAUGGUGCCGGCCGCAUUGUUCCCCUAGACACAGUCCCGCAAUCUGGCAGCGGCACGACCAAAAAGGCAAGCCUGUACUGCUCCGGCUGGGUCAAGCGCGGCCCUACGGGCGUCAUCGCAUCCACCAUGACCGAUGCAUUCGAGACCGCCGACGCCGUCGUCGAGGACUGGAAGAAGACCUUCCACAGUGGCGACAUCUCAGAAAUCGCUCGAGAGAACCUGGCCCCGGAGAGACUCGGCUGGCAAGGAGUGCUCCGGGACGCGCAGACUAUGAACCUUGGCCUCCAGCCUGUGCAUUGGGAAAACUGGCAGAACAUAGAUAGGGAAGAGAAGAAGGCGGGUGAGGUGAGAGGGAAGCCGAGAGAGAAAUUCGGCAGUGUCGGUGAGAUGCUGCAAGUUUCGGGAAAGUGA